AAACACGGACUGUAGCAUAGAAACGGCAGUUCCUGUUAAACCUCUUUUCCUCCCCUCACUCUUCUCUCCCAUGGCAACUGCAGUGCUGCCAGUAUCCGUGCCCGCCAGAAAGCAAGCCCGACCCGGUCAGGGCGGAUUCGAGGCCCAUGGACUAUCCGAAGAAGAGGCCUGGGUCCGAGCCAUCGCCGAAAUCGUCAGCUCCAUGGUCGACCUCUCCCGGAAGACCAAAACGUCGACCUAAACGCCCUCAAGACCACCGCGUGCCGCAAGUACGGUCUCUCACGUGCGACGAAGCUGGUUUAAAUGAUCGCGGCUCUGCCGGAGUCGGACCGUGAGGCUCUUCUCCCUAAGCUCAGGCCAAGACGGUCCGAACCGCCUCAGGCAUCGCCGUCGUGGCCGUGAUGUCGAAGCCUCAUAGGUGCCCCCACAUCGCCACCACCGGGAAUAUUUGCGUGUACUGCCCCGGUGGUCCCGAUUCGGACUUUGAGUACAGCACUCAGUCUUACACUGGAUACGAGCCUACUAGCAUGCGCGCAAUUUGGGCAGAUACAACCCAUAUGUCCAGGCUAGAAGAUCAGCUGAAGAGAUUGGGUCACAGUGUAGACAAGGUCGAGUUCAUCUUAAUGGGCGGUACUUUCAUGUCGUUGCCCGCAGAUUACCGUGAUUACUUUAUUAGAAAUCUGCACGAUGCGUUAUUGGGACACACUUCUGCCAAUGUUGAAGAGGCAGUUGCCUACUCUGAGCAUGGUGCUACUAAAUGUAUUGGAAUGACCAUUGAAACGAGGCCAGAUUAUUGCCUUGGACCUCACUUGAGACAAAUGCUUUCUUAUGGUUGUACAAGACUAGAAAUUGGAGUUCAGAGUACAUAUGAGGAUGUGGCUCGGGACAACAAUAGAGGUCAUACCGUAGCUGCAGUGGCUGAUUGUUUUUACUUGGCAAAGGAUGCUGGUUUUAAGGUGGUUGCACACAUGAUGCCUGACCUUCCUAAUGUAGGGGUUGAGAGAGACAUGGAGAAUUUCGGGAGUUCUUUGAGAGCCCCUCGUUCAGAGAAAAUGGCCCUAAAAUUUAACCAACACUCGUGAUCUGUGGAACUGGACUCUAUGAGCUUUGGAAAACGAGCAGGUACCUGAGCAACUUGUGGACAUUGUAGCUCGGAUCCUAGCCAUGGUCCCCCCUUGGACGCGUGUUUAUAGAGUUCAGCGAGACAUUCCAAUGCCUUUAGUUACUUCUGGGGUUGAGAAAGGAAAUCUUCGGGAGUUAGCUUUGGCUUGGAUGGAAGACCUGGGCUUGAAGUGCCGUGAUGUUCGAACACUGAGAGGCUGGAAUUCAGGUAUACACCAGGGGAGUUCCCGUUGCCUUCAGAAACGCGGUCUGCUGAGUUCUAUAAGAUGGUGCCUAGGAUGCUUUCGGAUGCAGGUUACAACCUAUAGAAAUUAGCAGUUACUGCAAGAGUGGAUAUCACUGCAAACACAAUCUAACUUAUUGGAAGAACAAGCCUUUCUAUGCUGUCGGCCUUGGCUCCGCUAGCUAUGUCGAUGGCGUGAGGUUUUCGAGACCAAAGAGGAUGAAGAGUACAGGUAAUGUGGAGAAUAUGGAGAAUGAUUUGGUGGAGUGCGGUGAGGUACCGUAUGGUACGUAGACGGGACGAAACGGAUGUUGUUAUGGAUAAAUUUUUCAUUGGGACCGGAAUACGCGUGGUACAUCACGUGUUUUUAUAUAAAUUGUGGGAAAUUUUAUUUUUUAAGUUGUUAACUUUUUAACACAUAUCACACCAUUUGUAUAGCGAUACGUAAUGUACCAUCUCGUGUUUCGGUCACACCAAAAAAAUUCUCUCAUUGUUAUCUUCUCUCUUAAAAUGAAGAGAAAACAUUACAUUUAUGUACAAUUAUUGCUUCCGCUGAAAUUAAUAAUUAACAAAUGCAUUAUGAUUCU